GUGAGGUGGAAUGACCGACAUGUCAUAACUGACGGAACACUCACUGAACACGUGAUAAAGAGCGCGGGCUUUGCGUAGGUAAUACCCUCUGACAGGUUAGGAUAUCAAGUAAAACCGUUUGCCGUCAGUCUGACACGUACGCCACGAUUUACACUUUUGGACUCUUGAUUAGACAAUUACAGCAACAACAGCGAUAUAUAAGUGAUCUAAGACGUUAGACAACAAAAGUUUUAAACUUUGGCGUUAUACGUUACACUUUUGAUCCAUGGAUACAUCGAACUGCCGACAGAACUAUGUUCGUCCGCAAAGCCACGAAUCGAGUAGUCAGUUCUCCAGAGACGGAGAAGUACACCACAACCUCGCUUAUGAUCACGAUUAUGAGGACGUGAACAACUUUAGGGCGGAAAGUAAAGAACCAGCAUGUAACGGCCCUAGAUGGAAAAAAAACGAUUUAUAUGAAUCAAAAGGGCCUCUGAAGCAGCCUGUGGGGCUAAAUACUGGAUCUUCCAUGGACACUCCAAACUGGCAACAUUUUCUGAGGAGUAAUCAGUUCUCCAGAGACGGUGAAGUACACCGCAACCCCGCUUAUGAUCACGAUUAUGAAGACCCUCGAGGUGUGAAGACGGAGAGUAAAGAACCAGCAUGUCAAGGCUCUAGAAAGAAAGACAAUGAUUUAUACGAGCCAACAGGGCCUCUGAAGCAGCGAGUUAGACAAAUCACUGAAUGCUCAGACGAUUUCAGUACAGCGUCAAUGUGUAGUGCCAGUGGCUUCCCUACUUGGAAGAAAGACAGCUGUCUGAGCAAACUAAUUCUCUUCCUUAUUCUUGCCUUUUCUGUAGCAGCACUCGUAUUAGUAAUUUUAAUUAUUAACGGCACAGUGGGUCCAAAGUGUGGCUGCAAAGAUUUCAACGGGGGUGAAAGAUAAUGCAUUGAAAAGUUUUGUCACAGAACAUGAGAGUCAGGUUGAAGUUCUUCGGGAACAAGUCAAUAAGACUGCCACGAGGGUUGCUACUGUGAAUGGUGUUUGGGUGAAGAUGCGCAACUCACACGAUGCCUUUGAGAAAAAACUGGAUUCUGAAUUCAAACAACUAAACGAAUCUGUAGAGAAACUGAAUAGCAAAGAUACCAAGAUAUCAUCUAGUGUAAAUGAACUUCGACAAAAUCAGAUUCUAACAAAGAGGAUGAGUGAAAGGUUAGCGAUCAAUGUUACCAAUAUCGAGUCUUCUGUUCAAGAAUUGAAGAAGACCAAUAGCAACAUCAGCACCCGGGCAGCAAGUCUUGAGAGAGGAUAUACCCUGAUGAACAACUUGAUGAAAUCACUUCAAGCAAUCGAUACCGCGCAAAACGCCUCACAGCAACAACUGCAUUCUCUGCACAAACGUUUGAGAGCCUCUUUGGCGGCAGUGAACGUAUCGUUAAACAACAAGAUCAAAAGGUUAGAUGCUAUUAGCGACAAGCAGCAGGGCGUAAACCUCAGCCUGUGUGAACACAAAUAUUUCGAGGGGACCCCUGCAUCAGCCAGCUACAGUGGUGGUGAAAGCAAAAACCUCGUCACAUUGCCACAGGAUAAGCAAGUGAUGGGUGUCACCUGUGCCACUGAUAAAGCAAGAUUUUAUUCACUGGAAGUAAAAGGGAACAGGGACUUCAUUUGCAAAUGUAAAGAUUUAUCCACAGCAUUCCCAUCGAGUUACAAAAGCAUACGGUGUGAUAUGCACGUAUGGCUAUGUCCUAUAUAAACACCGCUCUUGGAACUGAUGAUGUGGAGGGAAAAAUACAACGAUGGUCGUUCACGACCAUGAGAAUACGAAACGAAAUCAGUGGUUGAAAAAUUUAAUUCUCUUCUCAUUUUCGACAAGGACAAUUUUGGUCUGCAACACGAAGCCAACUCAGUUCAAAUUCUUCUAGCAGUAUUCAAUCAUAAACUACGUUGAUAACGUAAGUUUUUGGUCCUACAUUUGCUGUACGAUAAAAUUAUUUAAUACAAAUGUUUGAGGUCCAACAAGAGCAGAGCUGUCCAUAUCUCAGCUUGUAAUAUUAAGGCUAACACUCAAAAACAUCAAAAGGUUCUAUGGGACUGAAAUCAACCCCUUAAGGUAACUUAGCUUCCUUAAUGCUUACAACAAAACUGGACGUCGCUUAUGAGUAAAGGCUCCAGUUUAAACACACCUUUUAAGAGGCAGGCUUUUCGCAAUAUUUUAGAUAAGUUUUGAUUUUUUUUUCUGUGUUUAGCACACCUGUGAUUUUUCGCUUAAUCUCUGGUAGAUUUAGCACUACUGAUACGAAUAAGUACUACUAAAUGUAGGUUGCUAGUAAUCAGACAAGCUGUAUCGUGUGGAACAUGAUAUUUAAUACUUUUGAAAGGUAAUUUGACAAAUAAAUUCCACGACAAAGCUCCUAAAAGGAGCCAAUAACAGGUUUAAGAUAACUAGCAACUGCAAGAUGAAGGAUUGCAAGCAAAAGAUUUGUGAGCACAAAAUAUAAGAAAUUAAAAAUAAGGAACUUAAUGUAUUUGAUUAGUUUUAAAUGCCAAUAAUUAUUUUACUGCUUAAUUAAUGAAAAGAGUCAAUAUAAUGUCAGUGUUUUUUAUUCAGGAACUGAAAGUGUCUUGGUAAGAAUUCAAAAGUCAAGAAAGGUCAAAGGCCCUUCAGGGUAAUUCGUACAAUUUACUUUCAGUCCAAAAAAAUAUUUGUCAUGAUAAAUGGAUUAUCUUAUUAUUAUUUUUUUAAUGUACAUAUUUAAUGUUAAGUAAAUAAAGAAAACUUCAUUUCUCAAGUUAAGUUUAAACAGUUACUGAUAAAAAGAGAUCACAAUGAUACCGAGUAGAAAAAGCUCUUUAUUUGAGAUAUUUGUAUGAAUCGCGACUGAACUUAAGAGAAAAUCUACUCUUAUUGCAAUUAGUGAUUCGUUUAUCGAGAAUGUUGUUAAAAAGAUCAAUUCCGCUAUGGAUUUUUGUAACUGAUAUUCAGAUAUAGCUGUCGAAGUUUUUGUAAUUGUACUUAUCUUUGAUAAUUCAUAGAGAUUAAUGAUAAAUAAAUAUUUAUGGAAAUCAAUUAAAAUAAAUCCUAAAUAAAUUGGGUUCGCUGCGAGCCCGUUGGGUGCUUACAACGUUUUAACGAUUUGAUGAUGGAAGUUAUUUGAGUUAACUU